AUCAUUCUAUUCUAUUAUUCUCACUAUUUUUAAUAUUAAACUAUUACAGUAACAUACUAGAAUUGGACAUGGCUUUGAGUAAAAUAUACCUUGUUCUGGCAAUCGCCAUUUGCUCUGUUGCUGCCAGAGACUUGUACUUAUCCAAACGAGAUGAAGUGGUAGGCGCAGGAUUAUUGGCUACUAGAAUUGCUUCAGGUGGAUUAGUCAAGAGGGACGCAAUUCUUGAUCAAGUAACACAAGGUAGUAGUGGAUUACCCGGUGGAUUAGUCAAGAGGGAUGAAAUCAUUGAUCAAGUAACACAUGCUGCUGGUGGAUUAAUGAAAAGAUGUAAAAUACCUAAAGGAAGGAGUUGCGGCCAGCGCAGACACGGUAGCUCUUGUUCAGAUGAAAGUGGUUCAGACGAAGACAGCUGCAGCUCAGAGGGUUAUGGAAGAAAACAUCGUGGAGAUUACCACGGUGGAGCGGGCGGCGGGUACAGUUCAUCGAAUUCCUACAACGCUGAAACCGGAUACUCUUCAGGUGGCAAUGGCGUUAGUGGUAGUAGCGGCGGUUCAGCGGGUUACGAUGCAGAAAUUGAUAUUUCCGCGAGUGCUCGUCGUACUAGUGGAAGCAGUGGAAGCAUUGGGAGCAGUGGAAGCAGUGGAAGUCGUGGUUCCUCAGGCUAUUCCGGAUCAGGAUCUUCGAAAUAUUCUCAAUCCACCAACUAUGAGCAAGGAAGCCAAAUGGGAAAGAGCGGAGGUUGCGAUUGUUCAUGUUAAUAUUGACCACCAUCAUCAAUAAAUUAUAAGGAUUAAAAUUUGUUAUAUUCGUUUGAUGAAAAAUUGUUAGUAAAUCUGAAAAAAAAUGUAAUUUACAUAAAUAUAUAAAAAUAUAAAUAAAUAAAUACAUUCAUUUUGCUGAUUUAA